UGAGAAUGUGCACGGUGUUCGCGCGGAUAGGUAUGUGUUAGUGCUUUGGUUCCAGGGUCUAGGGUUUUGGAGUAUUGUCGAAGAUGUUGCGAGCACUGCGAUCCGUGGGGGGACGCUUGGUCAAUUCCUGGACAGUGUGUAGAUCUUCAUUUUCGUUGAAUUCCAGGACUUGCAGUUCUCUUGCGGGGGCACAGAAUGUUGGGUCGUCUUCAAUGAUGCCGCAGUCACCUGCUUGGGUUGAGUGGAACAGCGGGAUGGAGCUUCCGGAAGCUGUUGAUGAUGUAGUCGGGGAUAUGGAGCUUAUGGCUGUGCCAAAGCGCAAGGUGACGCCGUCGCGGAAGGGCAAGCGGAACGGCGGAAAGAUAUUGAAGUCGGUUCCUGUUAUUGCCAAGUGUAAAGUCUGUGGGCGAAUUAAGCUACCGCACUUAUACUGCUGUGAUGGACAAGUUAAGGGAUGAUGCGCAAUCUGUAAAAGGGUGGUGGGUGGUACCUAUUUCCUUACAUUCAAUUCUACAUUUCCUCUCCAUUUUGGACAAUUCCACGCAUUUUUGUGUACUGUGCCCUUUCUGGGUGUAAUAGCACGAAUUAGCGAGCGCCUAUUCUGAAAUGACAGGAAACAUGCUUAGCGAAGGCGGUAGCAGUUACCGUAGCACUAGCAGAUUUUAUGUGGCCUUCAGAAAGCAUAGUGACUAAAUUGGUUGCACAGAGCUUAAGAUCCUCGUGUUGAAUGUUCAUUGAGUUCUUUUGAUCCCCUAAUGCAUCUAAGUUUAGGUGUAACAUGUACGCUGUGGUCAUGGUCCAAAUGAAAUCAUUUCCUGCUGUAAAUGUUUGAUUCUGGCUUUUUAGGAAUUGAAAAAUUAUUCGUAUUGCA